UUCCUGACCCACACACAUCAUGGGCUGGUAACAAACAUAAGGACAACCUAGGGCUUGAUUUGCUCUUUACACUGCCUAGCCUUUUUUCCCCUUCCUGCUGGUACUUUGUCACCAGCUGAAAGUGUAUAGUUUUUUUCCUAUGCCACUUUGAGCAACAGGUGCCCUUUUUGCUUCCUUCAAGGGGGCCCUGGCACAAGCAUAAGUUUUACUGGGACUCUAACAGGAAAGGCACAGAAAGUCACUGUGGUGCUUUUGAUUGGAAAACUAUUCCGGACCGGGGAAUUGACUCUUGAGAUUGUGCUUUCAGCCUGUUAGUGCAUGAGAGAGAUGGAAGCACGGUCCUCCACCACCAUGACUACACUAGUCGAUAUCAAGAAUGAUGUGAGUCUACAUCCAACAUGUUCGUCCAAACGCACCUUAACUGAUGACCUGUACACCACAUUCAGCUCUCCUGUGGCCUGGAUCCUCGUGCUGGCUCUCGUUGUAACCUGGUCAACCGUGGCUGUCAUAAUGUUUGGCCUGCUCGACAGCAAGGGUCUUGAAGGACCCCAGCCACACCAUGUCAGGAAAACAUUAAAGGAAGCAGCUAGCCUUAGAGGAGGUAUUCAGCACAUCAGCCCUGAUCCCAUGAAGACAGUGAGUGAAGCCAUGGAAGACUCUACUGAUUGGAUAACAUCAACCUUGACUUUUAUGACUAAUUUGCUAGCCCCGGAAGAGGAGGAGGAGGAAGGUGAGCGUCAUUUUGUGAGGAAAAAAGGAGAAUUCUUGCCACCGAGGAAAAAAGUUGCAGAGAUAUGGGCCAAGGAGAUGUUAGAAGACGAAGGGGAUUAUGAGGAGGAAGAGGAAGAUGAGGUGCUUGCUCUUGAAGAGGAGGGGGAAGAAGAAGAAGAAGAAUAUGGGGAUGAAGAGGAAGAAGAGGUAGAAGAAAGUGAUGAGGAGAUCGUAGAGGAGGAAGAAGAGGAGGAGGAAUUAACAAAGGAAGCAGUGGUGGAGGAAAAGAGAAAAGAGGAGGCUGAAAAAAAGGAGAAAGAGGAAGAUGAUGCUCAUAAUGAGGAAGAAAAAGAAGAUGAAGAGGAGGAAGCAGCAGCAGAAGUUGUGCAGAAGGAGGAGGACAAAGAAAAGGAGGAAGAGGAGGCUGAUGCAGAUGAAGAAAAUGAAGAUGAAAAGAAGGGAGUAGCAGCAGAAGCUGUGCAGAAGGAGGAGGAAACAGAAAAGGAAGAAGAGGAAGCUGAUGCUGAGCAGGAAGAAGAACAUGAAGAGGAAGCUGCUGCUGCUCCUGCUGUCAAGAAGAAAGAUACUUCGAUCCCUGCUGAUUCUGAUGAGGAGAAAGAAGAAACUGCAGAACAAGUCACUUCUAAAGAAACCGAGAAAAGAAAAAAAGAUACUCCUGCUGAUGAUAAAGAUGAUGACCAAAAAGAUGACCAAAGCGAGGAAAAAGAUGAUGACGAUGAAGCCCAAGAGGCUGAUAUCGCCAUAGCUGUUGGUAUUAUAGCUGAUGCUGGUGCUACAGUCGCUGAUGUUGAAGUGCAAGAAACUGGUGAGGAAUCUAUACUUCUUAAAGCUGAUGCCAAUUCAAAGCUAUUAACAACCAUAGAAGAGAGUGCUGCUAAAGCUGAUAAUGCAGUGGCUGAUUUAGCUGACUCACAAGAUGGCUUAAGCGCUACUGAUGACCAUGAUGAUAAGAUGAUAAAAGAGCUAGCUGACGAUCAUGGUGAGGUUACAGAAGACGGUCUUGAAGAUGAGACUGGUAAUGGACUGAUAGACGCUGACUCUGAGAAAGAUAUAACACGUGAAGUUGAGGGUGUUUUUGAGGAGCCUGAGCUAGCCGAUGAUGUUGCAGAUAAGGAGGAGCAGGAGCAAGAGGGAAAAGAGGAGGGAGAGGAACAGAUAAGGGUUGAGGAUGAUGAUGAUGAUGAUGAUGCUGCUGCUGCUGAUGAUGAUAUUAUAGUAACAGCACCUGUAGUUAGUUCUGACGCAGGUGGAGAUGAGACAACAGUGGUGGCUGAUGAAGAUGGUGACUCUUCACCCGAAAAAGACAUAACAACCCUGAAAGAAGAGGAGAAAGAUGAAAAGGAUGAAAGCGCAGAGGAGGCGGAAAUCGCUGAAAAAGCACCAGAACCAGAACCGGUCCCUAAAGCGGCAGCCAAGGAAGCGAAAGAAAAAGAAGCAGAGGAGCCUGUGGCAGAGGCUGAAAAAGAAGACAAACACAAAGAGGCCUCUGCCUGUCCUUGUAUGCAUUCAGUAAUACCUAAAGAGCCUCAAAAAACCCAAGACACUAAACCAAAGGAAGAAAAAGCUGAACCUGAGAAAGAAAAGAAAAGAGAAGCUGAGACUAAGAGAAGGGAACCCCUGCUUAAAGAGAGGAAAGAAAAAGAGUCUCCAGUAAGAACAAGACUAGAAAAAGCAAAGAAAGCUCCAAAAGCAAAGACAGCGGCUGUCAACAUACCCAAAAAGAGAAGAUCUCGAGCCUCAGAGGAUGUGGAAGUGUCAGCUGCUCCAGCUCUGAUACAGGAUCUUCCUAUGUGCCGACCAACACCUGUGUACUGCCCAGCGCCCCCUGGCUGGUAUGUGCAUCAUAUAGUUACAAGUAGCCCAUUACCACCAUCCGAUAUUCCAGAAUCAGAAGUUCAAAUUUCAACAACUAAUCAAGCUCCUACUCUACUGAAAGAACCAGAAGCUGCUUUGGCAAAACCAAAACAAGCCACUAAAAAGAAAGAACCAGCAGUGCCUAAAGAAAAAGCCAAAGUAGCUCCUACAAAGAAGGACCCCACAGUUACUAAAGCCAAAGUAAAACCUUCAGUGGCAAAGAAAGAGCCAACAGCUGUGAAAGAGAAGUCUAAAAGGACAGAGCGAAUGAUCUCUAAAGAAAAGGCUAAACCUAUCUCUACUAAGAAAGAAGAGAAAGCUGGAAAAGAAGUGAAGCCCAAAGCAGAGGUCAAAAAGAAGGCUGCACCAACACCGAAAGUCAAUCAAGCCACUGAAGAAGUUGUGGCUGAGGCACCAGCACCAGCAAAAGAUCUGAAAGCAGAGGAAAAUGUCACGGAGGGGAAAAAGCCAGGCAAGAUACCAUACUUCCAGUGUGUUUUAAUGAGUUCUAAAUCCAGCCAGUAUCCACUGCGGCCCAUGUCCCCAGCUAUGAGUCCAGCUAUUAACCCCACCAUGAUGAGAGCCAUGAUGGAGCAGAGGGCUGCGUUACUGCAGCAGAAAACCCGUGCAGCUGGCCAGUAACUGGACGACAGACCUCGUCCGGCCCUGGCAGGUGCAAACUGCUCAUGAACUUCUGUAAAAAUACAGUGCUGCUAGGCUCUCAAGAGCUGUCCACUUAAAACAUAAGAGACUUUAACAAAUAAUGAGUUGAGGUCCCUGGUUUUUCAGUGAACACUCUCCAUUCGUUCAUAAGUGUUUUUUUUUUUUUUUUUUUUUUUUUUUUUUUUAUCUGUACGUUGGCCGAGAUAGCUCAACGCGCUGCAAUUUAAGAAAACACAUGCAAAUUGAAAAAACACCAGUAAAUAAAAAAAAACAAACAUCAUCAAUUUGACAACACAAUGCAUAUAUCUAAACGCGCUGCAAAAUCAUCAAAACACAUGCUUAUAAUGAAAUGAGCUGCAAACUCUCAUAACACAUGCAUAUAACGAAAUGCGCUGCAAAAUCAUCACAACACAUGCAUAUAACGAAAUGCGCUGCAAAUUCAUCACAACACAUGCAUAUAACGAAAUGCGCUGCAAAAUCAUCACAACACAUGCAUAUAACAAAGUGCGCUGCAAAUCCUUCACAACACAUGCAUAUAACGAAAUGCUCUGCAAAAUCAUCACAACACAUGCAUUUAACGAAAUGCACUGCAAAAUCAUCACAACACAUGCAUAUAACGAAAUGCACUGCAAAAUCAUCACAACAUGUGGUUUUAUUAACAAAGUUCGGGAGAAGCACGAUCAGAUAAUCAUUCAAUUUGGCAAAGGUGCAUCUCGUUUAGCUAAUCAUCUUAAAUAGCACACAAGCGUAUAUAUAUCCAGUCUCCCUACCUCCUGUCUCACGACAGUUUUUUUUUCCGGCAUCCCUCCUCCACCCCAACUCCUCACUUCUAAUCUAUUUAUGCCAAAUUGGGGAUAGGGGGAGUUAUUUGGGUUCGGGCUGUGCUCCGGGCCCAGACCCAUCCCCCAGGACAGCACGCCAAAAUAUGCCUACUAUUCGCCUUCAGAUUAGAUGUGAAACAUGCAUAUAACGAAAUGCGCUGCAAAUCAUCACACCACAAACAUAUAACGAAGCGUGCUGCAAAUCCUUCACAACACAUGCAUAUAACGAAGCGUGCUGCAAAUCCUUCACAACACAUGCAUAUAACGAAGCGUGCUGCAAAUCCUUCACAACACAUGUAUAUAACGAAGCGCGCUGCAAAUCCUUCACAACACAUGCAUAUUUUUAAUUUAAUUUUAAUUUAAUUUUGUUAGUUUAUUUGACAGGGACCGUGAAAGUUAGCUGUAAAGCUAAUUUACAUCUGUGGUCCCUGGGCAAGGAAGAUUAAAAAAAAAACAAUAAUAAUAAAAGUAAAAGAAAAAAAAAGAAAAAAAGAGAAGCAAUACAGACAAUAUAGACAAUACUAUCAAAACACAUAAAAACAAACAAAAUGUAACAAACAGUACUCGCAUAUAAACCAAAACACAGAUAUAGUUACACAUUCCAUGGAUUAAUGAUCACAUAAUUGAUUCUCCUUCAGCCAAGUUUUUUAUAUAACGAAACGCGCUACAAAUCAUCACAACACAUGCUUAUAACGAAGCACGCUGCAAAUCCUUCACAACACAUGCAUAUAACGAAACGCCCGACAAAUCAUCACAACACAUGCAUAUAACGAAGCGCGCUGCAAAUCCUUCACAACAGCAUAUAAUGAAACGCCCUACAAAUCAUCACAACACAUGCUUAUAACGAAGCAUGCUGCAAAUCCUUCACAACACAUGCAUAUAACGAAACGCGCUACAAAUCAUCACAACACAUGCAUAUAACGAAGCACGCUGCAAAUCUGGAAGGUGAGUUUUUUUGUUUUUUUGUUUUUUUUUAACACCCUGAUUGCAUGAUUCCUUUAUCUUUUGGAUAUGAUUAGCCUAAAUAAGCUUAAUAAUUACCAGAUUAAAUGUAAAACGUUACUUAAGAUGGCUAACUUUAAUAUCCUCAGCUAAAUAUAAUUUCAAGGUUAAUGACAUUUUUUUUGCAAUGCUUCAUUAAUUGUUUCUUAAUGUGCAUGUGCUGUGAGGAUUUGCAGUGCAUUUCGUUAUUUACAUGUGUUGUGAUGAUUUGCAGUGGGUUUCGUUAAAUGCAUGUGUUGUAGUGUGUUUCGUUAAAUGCAUGUGUUGUGAUGAUAGUAAGGAAGAUGUUUUCUAUAUCUGCUGGUGUUUUUUCAGUUUGCUUGUGUUUUCUUAAGUUACAGAGUUUUGAGCUUUCUCGGCCACCGUAAAUCUGAUCAGUUACAUAAUUUUGACAAAUAAAGAAUAUGCAAUUACAAAUUAAUUAUAAUGUACAUUUUGGAAUAUAUUUAAUGCAUAAACACCUGUCAAAUAAAUGUUGUGUUACUGUGUA